UACGAAUACCGAUAAACCAGUGGCCCUUUUUAGAAAAAGGAUUAAAUACUUGUUUUGCUUGCAUCCGAUCUUGAACCGUAAGUUACCGACCCGAACCCUAACAAAUGGGCAUUUCCCCCAAAUCCUAAAAACCCACAACAAAUUCAAGAACACACACUUGUGUUAAGCUUGAAGUAGUGCUACAGUGUAAAUGCCAUAAAUCAUAACCACCAUCGUCAUCAUCAUUAUCGAUUUAUCCAAUGUCAUUGUGACAAUUUCCGCCUGCUCCCUGUAUUUUGUUCUUCUCAUUUGUUCCUGCAUAAAAAAAUCAGUCUUUACUUUUCUUUAUUUUAGUAUGAACCGCAGGAUCAGUUUUUACCUAACCGUGUUUACAGCUUUGCUGUAUCACAUAGGCAGUGUUGAUUCAGUGGUGGUGCCUGCAACCAAUUGCUAUGUUCUUGACAACUCUAGUCACAUUUAUGAUUUUAGUAACUGGAAUGGGCAUCUGUUCGAGUAUGAUGGAGGGAGUACUGACUGUGCGAUUCGGUUCUGUAAAGAUGUGGAAACGAGAUCACAAUCGGGAUAUGUUGGUUUUGGCAAAUUUGAGGGCUUCAACUAUUUUGUUGCCGGUUCAGAACGUUAUAAUUUUGUUCAAGAGUUUUACAAUGGUGAUCUUCAACACUGUGAAACAAGUCAUGACAAAAGGGGGCGUACGGCUCAGUUAAAUAUCAUAUGUGGUGAUUGCCCAAAUGCACAGUGCAAAAGUGAACUUGGAUGCGUUUGCAAUGUUUCAUUUGAGUCAGAUUGCAGAAUUAUCGUUGAACUUGCAAUUCCGUGUGAGAAACCGGGCUCGCGAGUGUUUGAAGGAUUCACAGUGGGCUAUCAUCCACGGUCAUGGGAAAUUGUAUACAACGGCAUGACUCAAUACGGUUACGAAAAGGCUUACAAGGACUACAGCUUUGAUACGGAGCAGAGUCGUGUAUCUCUGUAUAUGACUGCAGUUGCCUCUCUUUCUCAAUUAGUUCAAAAACCAACUGUUACGGUUUCUCCUAAGACCGGUUUGGAGGUUACUUUGUCUGGCUCCGCGGCAACAGGGAGUCCACCGACAACUUUGUCUCCAACGUUGUUGAAUAUCGAUUGCAUAUGUCAAACGGCACGUGAUGACCCGUAUGAGGUUCAGCUAACUAUACCAGUGGAGGGUUAUGAUCCCAUCCAGUUUAGUCUUACAAAAAUGUGCGAAUCCAAGCAAAAUGAAGCAGGAACAUCUUCGAAAGGAUGGGCUCUAUUUGGAAUCUUUUCUUGCAUAUUCUUUGUCAUUUCAACACUGUUCUGCUGCGGUGGCUUUAUUUACAAGACUCAAGUACAAAGACAGCAUGGAAUUGAUGCACUGCCUGGCAUGACCAUUUUAUCUGCAUGUUUGGAGACUGUGAGUGGUGGGGGAGGUUACAUGCGGGCGGAUGAUUUUAAUGGUGCGUAUGCAAGUCAAGCCUCAUGGACCCGUGAGCCUGUUUCGGAUGCAGGAUCUUCAAGAAAAAGUGAGAGAAGAUAUGGGACCUAAUCACCCUUCUCAACGUGUCAUGGCUUAUACUGCUCUUAUACGUUAAACUCAAAAGAGAUUAUGAUAGUUUCUGUAUGUCAGUUUUCUUUGUAUUUCUGUAUCCAUCUAUUUCAAUUUUGAAAACGAAAGUGUACCUGAUACAUUGUGUUGUAACAGAAGCCACUUGGGUAUAUUUUGACAAAAUCCCAUUGUGUUAGUAUUUUUAUAAUUUCUUUCCGAAA